UAUGAAGGUGCCCCUCCCCCAUGGAGGGUGUUAUCUGGAGAGGGCGCUGUCCUAGGAGAAGCUUUUCCUUAUCUCGGGGAGUCAGACUUCCCUGUGAAAUGUAGAAGAAGGUGGAGGACUCUUCCUGAUUGGUGUGUUGGUCGGGGGGGUGUGUCCAGUGGUGGGAGGACGGGGGAGGGGGGGUCUCUUGGUGAUGUGCAGACAGCAGUGGAGGGAAGAUUUCCCCUCUGAACACAAAGAUGUCACUUUCCAGGAACAGCCAAUAAAAGUGCCGCCAGGUGGAUUGAUGAACCAGGUUUUUGGUCAUGCUUGUCUUAAAAAGAAAGACAAAGUCAGAUGAGAAAUAAGUCCUAUGGAUCUUACGUGACGGAAAGCAUUUCUCACAAUUCACUUGAGGAUUCACGCAGGAUUCAAGCCAUAUGGGUGUUCUAAAGGUUGUAAAUGUUUUGGAUUCUCUUCAACAUUGAUCCAGCUUCAGAGGACAACAGGAGAGAAGUCAUUUCAGUGUUCUGGAAGUGACAAUGGCUUUAUAGUAAAGUCCAACCCAUGUAUACAUAAGAGAAGGCAUUUCAAAAAUUAUUUCUUGUGGUUGGAAUGUGACAAAAGCUUUAUAAUGAAGACCAAACGUAUCACACACCAGAAGGUUCACACUGGAGAGAAGCCACAUCAGUGCUCCGAAUGUGACAAAGCUUUUUCAGCCAAAAGCAAGUUUAUUACACACCAGAGGAUUCAUACUGGAGAGAAGCCAUUUGAGUGUCCUGAAUGUGACAAGGCUUUUACACGGAAAAGUGGUCUUAACUUACACAUGCUCAUUCAUACAGGAGAGAAGCCAUAUCUGUGUUCUGAAUGUGACAAAGCAUUUACAGCCAAGGCAGAUCUUAUGAAACACCAGAGAGUUCACACUGGAGAGAAACCUUUCCGGUGUUCUGAAUGUGACAAAACUUUUGCACUCAAAGCUGGUCUUAACAAACACAAGAUUAUUCACACUGGAGAGAAGCUAUAUACAUGUUCUGAAUGUGACAAAGCUUUUACACACAAAUCCAAUCUUAAUAAACACCAGGGGAUUCACACUGGACAGAAGCCAUAUACAUGUUCAGAAUGUGGCAAAGCUUUUAGAGUGAAGUCAAUUCUUACAAUACACCAGAAGAGUCACACUGGGGAGAGACCACAUGAGUGUUCUGAAUGUGACAAAGCUUUUACAACAAAGAGAGAGCUUAUCACACACCAGACGGUUCACACUGGAGAGAAGCCAUAUGAGUGUUCUGAAUGUGGCAAAGCUUUUACACAAAAAGCAAACCUUUUCACACACAUGAUGAUUCACACUGGAGAGAAGCUGUAUCGAUGUUCUGAAUGUGAUAAAGCUUUUACACAGAAGAGAGGGCUUAUCGCACACCAGAUGAGUCACACUGGAGAGAAGCCUUAUAAGUGUUCUGAAUGUGACAAAGCUUUUACAGACAUAAGAAGGCUUAAAAUGCACCAGAAUAUUCACAUUGAGCAGAAGCCAUAUGAGUGUUCUGAAUGUGACAAAGCUUUUAUGACAAAGGGAAAGCUUAUCUCACACCAGAGGGUUCACACUGGGGAGAAGCCAUUCCAAUGUCCCGAAUGUAACAAAGCUUAUACACAAAAGGCAUAUCUUAUUAUACACCAGAUGAUUCACACUGGAGAGAAGCUAUAUCAAUGUUCUGAAUGUGAUAAAGCUUUUACAGAGAGGAGAUUGCUUAUCGCACACCAGAUGAUUCACACUGGAGAGAAGCCAUAUAUGUGUUCUGAAUGUGACAAAGCUUUUACAGACAUAAGAAGGCUUAAAAUGCACCAGAAGAUUCACAUUAUGCAGAAGCCAUAUGAGUGUUCUGAAUGUGACAAAGCUUUUACAAAAAUGGGAGAGCUUGUCAGACACCAGAGGGCUCACACUGGAGAGAAGCCAUAUAAGUGUUCUGAAUGUGACAAAUCUUUUAUAGACAUACCAGGGCUUAAAAUACACCAGAUGAUUCACAGCGGAGAGAAGCCAUAUAAGUGUUCUGAAUGUGACAAAGCUUUUAUAAUAAAGAGUGAGCUUAUCAGACACCUGAGGAUUCACACUGGAGAGAAGCCAUAUAAGUGUUCUGAAUGUGACAAAGCUUUUAAAAUAAAGAGCGAGCUUAUCAGACACCUGAGGAUUCACACUGGAGAGAAGCCAUAUGAGUGUUCUGAAUGUGGCAAAGCUUUUACACAGAAGUCGAAUCUUAACACUCACCAGAGAGUUCACACUGGAGAGAAGCUGUUUUGAUGUUCUGAAUGUUAUAAAGCUUUCACAAAAAAGAGAGAACUUAUCAGACACCAGAUAAUUCACACUGCAGAGAAGCCUUAUAUGUGUUCUGAAUGUGACAAAGCUUAAACGGACAUGAGAGGGCUUAAAAGACGACAGAAGAUUCACAUUUAAGAGAAGCCAUAUCAAUGUUCUGAAUGUGGCAAAGAGUUUACACAAAAGCCAAACGUUAUCACACACCAGAGGAUUUACACUGGGGAGAAGCCAUAGCAGUGUUCAAAACGUGAUAAAGCUCUUACAGUGAAGUCAAACCUUAUCACACACUAGAGAUAAUUAAUUUGAAUGCUCUGUAUGUGACAAAACGUUUACAUUUAAUGCAGUACUAUUAAAUCACCAAACAAUUCACAAGCUUCAGCUGCAGUGAGGAAAUUCUAGAAGAAGGGGAGAUAUUAAAGGGGUAGCAGCUAAUCGGCAAUGGAAGACUUCAAGGUGCCUCAUUCGUUUCACACCAAAUAAAUGAGUGAGAAAACAGGAAUGGGUGGACACUUUAGUAUUAAUGUCCAUCAGGCACAAACUAGCAAGUCCUUGACUAUUCUACCCCACCCCCUUUUUUUGGGCCAGCAUCAACUUUGUUUCUUCAUGAUUCUCAUCUGUAUCCUUUUUGUGGAGCUUUGACUGAACAUGUAAUGCAUUUGCAUGAUUCACCAACUAACCUGUGAUUCAAGUAUUUUCUUCAUGAUCUGAUCCUAAGCCAAUACAUAGCCAACACUGCCUCAGUACCAGAGACUGGGUAGCAGUCAAGUGGCAUUUUGCCAAGCCUCUGAAGCCUCAGUGAGUCCUUUCCAGGUUCUGCUGGAAAUUGCUAUAUCAGUCAAUCAUGAGAGCUCCAGCCAAGACCAUCUUGGCCAUGUACAUUUCCCUCCUCCCUUUCCCCGAUCAAGGCCUCCUUUCCAUGUUCCACUUCCUCUCGUGGAUGACAACUUUGCAGACAGGGACACAAGCCAUGCAGAAGUCUCCAUUCCAUGAGAAAGCAACUUCUUAAACUGGCACAGGCCUUGCAACACUGAGUUGCUGUUUUGUGGGAUAUAUUCAACAUUACCACCUUAUCCCAGCUGGCUACUUGUGUUUUAUUCAGUUUUGCUGAAAGUUUAAGGGAUUCCAUCAGGUGAAGAUUGGAUGUCCUUUAUUAUCUAGUUUUUCUGUCCAUCUAUUGGUCAUCUCCAUUGAAUAAUCAUACAGUACAGCUACAAGAGAUCUGAACUUACAAAGUGCUGAGUAUGUGGUCCUAUUCCUACAACUUCUACUGGGGACUGAACUUUCUCUUAUUGGAAUUAUCUUUAUUGACUGAAUGGACAUUUUUUUUUUGGUAGAUUUAUUUUGUGAAGAACACUUUUUGAGCCAAAACAUUGUUGAGUUAAGAGGUAUCUUAAUAUAGUGCAGUCUUACCCCGAAGGGUCCAGAUGCGCAUAGCAGAGUUUCUGGGAAAAGAGGACCCAAGAACCAAAAGCAGCACCAAAAGAUGUUGGGGCAGAUCCACAAAAGGAUUACGCUGGCGUAUCUAUAGAUACGCCGGCGUAAUUUUA